UAUACAUUAGUGAAUAAGAACAAUGAAAGUGUUUCUAUUAUUGAACAUUAUUACCAUUGUUACUAUUGCUCAACACUUAAAUAGCCAAUAUGAUGAGAUAUGGAAACAAUGGAAACUAAAAUAUAAUAAAACUUAUUCCAUAAAUGAUGAAAUGAAAAGAAAAAUCAUCUUUAUGAAAUAUGUGACAAAGAUUCAUCAACACAAUCUACUUUAUGAUUUAGGUUUAAAAAGUUAUACAAUGGGUUUAAAUCAAUUUUGUGAUAUGGAUUGGAAUGAAUUAAAAACAAUCUUAUUUCCUAAUGGAUUUAUCAAUCAUCAUCCUUUAUGGAAUGAUAACAAUGAAGAAUUACCAUUAUUAUCUCAUAAAUCAUUACCAUUAAAAUGGGAUUGGCGGGAUUAUGGUUUAGUGACAUCAGUUAAAGAUCAAGUUAGUUAAUAAUUAAAUCAUAAUCAAUUUUUAAAAGGGUAUGUGUGGAUCAUGUUGGGCAUUUUCAACAACUGGUGCAAUUGAAGGUCAAUUUAUAAAAAAAUAUAAAAAAUCAAUAAGUUUAUCUGAACAACAAUUAAUUGAUUGUAGUUAUUCAUUUGGUAAUCAUGGUUGUCAUGGUGGUACAAUGGAUCAAUCAUUUAAUUAUAUAAAAAAAUAUCCAAUUGAAUCGGAAAAAAAUUAUCCAUAUCAAGGUGUAGUAAGUUUCUAUGAUGUUUAAAAUAUUAAAAAAAAAAAUUAUUGAAUAGGAAUCAUCAUGUCAUUUUCAUUUAUCAAAAGGGAUUAUAAAAAUAAAAAAAUUUAUUGAUUUACCAACAAAAAAUGAAAAAAUUUUACAAAAAGCAGUUUAUCACUAUGGACCAAUUUCAGUUGCUAUAGAUGCAUCAAUUGAUUUUGUAUUAUAUAAGUAAGUUAUUAUUUAUGAUAUAUGAAGUUAUUUUAUGAAAUAUAUGAAAUGUAGACAUUAACACCGUUGGAUGCCCGCUCAGUGGUCUGGUGGUUAAGUGCUCGAGCGCGAAGCUAGUAGGUCAUGGAUUCGAGUCCUGCGGAGGGCGGGUUCGUGGAUGCGCACUGCUGAGGAGUCCCAUACUAGGACGAAACGGCUGUCCAGUGUUUCCAGGUUUUCCAUGGUGGUCUAGCUUCAAUUGGCUCAUGAUUUCAACUUGUGAAAUAUGAAAUGUAAUUGAAGUACGAUUAGUUACCAUGUGAUUUAUUCAUCAAGUUGGAAUAUAACUUACAAAAAUCUUAGUAUUAUUACUUACUUACUUGCUUACUUACAUCUGUUACUCCUGAUGGAGCAUAGGCCGCCAGCCAGCAUUCUCCAAUCCACUCUGUCCUGGGCUUUCUUUUCUAGUUCCAUUUAAUUCUUGUUCAUUUUUCUCAUGUCUAUUUCCAUUUCGUGGCUUAAUGUGUUCUUUGGUCUUCCUCUCCUCCCCAUUCGAUCUUGAAGAUUCCAUAUGAAGGCUUAGCUUGUGACUCAAUUGAGUGCCUUCCUCAAUGUGUGUCCUAUUCACUUCCAGCACUUCUUCUUGAUUUCUUCCUCCACUGGGAUCUGACUUGUUUUCUCUCACAAAAGGUUUUUGUUCAUAGUGUUUGGCCAACGGAUCCGAAGUAUUUUGUGUAGACAACUAUUAAUCAAUACUUGUGUCUUCUGGAUGAUGGCUUCCGUGGUUCUCGAAGUUUCCGCCUCAUGCAGUAGAACUGUCUGGACAUUUUUAUUGAAAAUCCUGACCUUGGUAUUGGGUGACAAUUGUUUUGAGUUUCCGUAUGGUAGAACCGUCUCGACGUUCGUAUUGAAGAUCCUGACUUUGAUAUUAAUUGAGAAACAGUUGUUUUGAGUUCCUUAUAUUCUUCAAUUGUAGGAAUGCGGCCCUUGCUUUGCCAAUCCUUGCCUUGAUGAAAACUCUAGACACUGAAUAGUUUUUUUUGUAAAUAAAGGACAACUUCACUGUUGAAAUUCAAAGACAACCGCUACCUUCCAACUUGAAACACAUAGAAUAUAUAUAUCAAGUAAACAUAUGGAAAUAAGGGAUAAAACCUUGAGAAAUCAAUUCUAUUCAAGAAAUGAGGAGUGGAAUAUUUGAAUCAAAAUAUUGUUCAUCAUCUUUACUCAAUCAUGCUGUAUUAGUUGUUGGUUAUGGUACAGAACAUAAUAAAGAUUAUUGGCUUAUUAAAAAUAGUUGGGGUGAUAAAUGGGGAAUGAAUGGAUAUAUUAAAUUAAGGAGGAAUAAACAUAAUAUGUGUGGUAUUGCAACAAAUGCCAGUUUCCCAAUAUUGUAAUCUAUGUAUUACAUGUUUAUUUUAAAUAAAAAUAAACAUUCAUUA